AUGGGGACCUCGGAAGUAGCUAUCAUUUUCGGCGUCGGCUCCAAUAUCGGCACGGCGGUUGCAAAGGGCUUUGUCGACGCCGGGUACCGCGUGGCGACCGUCUCGCGCUCCAGCCCGUCGUCGGCCGACUCCUCCUCCAACCCGUAUCACAUCCAGGCGGACCUCUCCGACCCGGCGGCCGUCACCGGCGUGUUCGACAAGGUCAAGUCGGCCGGGCUGGACUUCCCGUCUGUUGUGGUCUGGAAUGCAGCAUCCCUCACCCCACCACCAGAGCCGGAGAACCCGCUGUCUCUCGCGGAUGCGGACCUGGACAAGGACAUAAGCGUCAUGAUCAAGUCGCCCUACGCCGCCGCCAGGGCAGCGGUCAAGGUGUGGCAGGGCCAGAGCGGAAAGGACGGGAGGAAGGGCACAUUUAUAAUGACAGGGAACUUGCUUCCGAAGCAGAUUCCCCCUGUUGCAUUGUAUACAUCGCUCGGGAUCGGGAAGUCCGGUGCGAAUUUUUGGGUGGGCAUAGCCGAUGGUGUGCUUAAGAACAAGGGAAUCCGAUUCUUCUUUGCCGACGAGCGAACCAAGGACGGGGCCCCUGUUGGCAAAACUCCAGAUGGUGCAGGGCACUCUUCGAUUUUCCUCAGCAUGGUAGAGGGAAAAGAAGACCUGCCUUAUUAUGUCACAUUUGUCGAUGGAAAGUACCGUAAAUUUGACUAG